AUGGCGAGAGAUUCAUCCCUUUGCAUUAUACUAGUCUCUAUCUCCAUUUUAGCAUGGCUAUCGACUUGUGAUGGCAAUAUCCCUGUUGGGAAUUGCUCAGAGUCUGAUAGAGAAGCUCUAAUUGACUUCAAAAAUGGCCUUCAAGAUCCUCAUUAUCUCCUGUCCUCUUGGCAAGGAAGCAAUUGUUGUCGAUGGCGAGGAAUAGGCUGCGAUGAGAGGACCGGAGGGAUAAUAAGCAUUGAUCUUCAUGGAGACUUUGGUAUGUAUAGUGAUUGGAAACUGAGUGGAGAAAUUAGACCUUCAUUAGCGCGACUCAAGUCUUUGAGAUUCUUGGACUUGAGCUCAAAUAACUUUGAUGGCGUACCAAUUCCUGAAUUUGUUGGUUCUUUGGAGAACCUGCAGUAUCUGAACCUGUCAAGUGUUGGGUUUGAUGGUGCAAUUCCUCCAAAUCUAGGAAAUUUGUCAAACUUGCAGUAUCUUGACCUUUCUACUUCUUCUUAUUCGUUAAGUAUUAAUAAUCUUGGGUGGAUUUCUGGUCUUGGUUCUCUGAAAUAUCUUGCGCUUGUGGACCUCUCAAUGGUCAGUUCCAUGUGGAUCAGUGUGCUAAACUGGGUUCCAUCGUUGUCCGGGUUGCAUCUGUCCGGUUGUGGCCUAUCUGGUUCGAUAUCAUCACCUGGUUUGGUGAACUUCACUUCACUCGCUGUUCUGGACCUCAGCUUCAACAGUUUCGAUUCAGAGUUCCCUCGAUGGCUUGUGAAUGUAAGCAGCCUUGUUAGUGUUGACAUGAGUGGCAGUGGUCUAUAUGGAAGGAUCCCUCUUGGUCUAGGUGAGCUACCACGUUUGCAAAUCCUAAUUUUAUCUGAAAACGAUAAUCUCUCAGCCAGUUGCACUCAGUUGUUCCAAGGAUCGUGGAAAAGGAUAGAAGUUAUGGAUUUGGCUGGUAAUAUAAUACACGGAAGACUUCCCACUUCCGUUGGGAAAAUGACCACCCUCAGUUACUUUGACCUUUCUGGCAAUCUGAUCGGGGGAGGAGUACCGAGCUCCAUGGGUUCACUUUGCAGUUUAGUUUAUUUUGAUUUAUCCAACAAUAAUUUGACAGGUAGUUUGCUGGAAAUUUUGCAGAGGGGAUCUGAAACUUGUGAUUCUCAGAGUUCUCUGCCUAAUUAGAUCCUGAUGUUGUGGGACAGUGGGCUGAGGGGUUGUCUAACAAGUUGGAUGGGCCAACUUAAAAACCUUGAGAAACUUAUGCUUGACCAUAACUUUCUCGAAGGGCCGAUUCCUUCUUCUCUUGGGAAUCUAAAGAACCUCACCUAUCUAGGCCUUAGAGGGAACCAAUUGAAUGGGUCUCUUCCGGUUGAUGUGGGACAGCUUUCUGAGUUGGACGUUUUCGACGUGUCUUUCAAUUAUUUGUCGGGCACACUAUCUGAAGAACAUUUUGCAAAUCUACGCAAAAUCGUGCACUUAGAUCUCUCAUCCAAUUCUUUCACUUUAAAUGUCAGUGCCGAUUGGAUGCCUCCGUUCCAAGUCCAGCAUCUUGGCAUGGGAUCGUGCCAAAUUGGUCUGUCUUUCCCUGCCUGGCUUAGAUAUCAAAAUGUAAUCAACUAUCUGGAUUUUUCAAAUGCCAGCAUUUCGGGGCCUGUGCCAAGCUGGUUUUGGGACAUUUCUUCCCAUUUGUCUGUCGUAAACAUGUCUCUAAAUCGGUUGCAGGGCCAAUUACCUAAUCCAUUGCCGAUAGCUCUUUUUGCAGCCGUCGAUCUCAGCUCUAACUUUUUUCAUGGACUGUUCCCUCAUCCCAUUUCUGAGGUUAUAUUAUUAGAGCUCUCUAACAACCAAUUUUCAGGUGGCAUUCCGCAAAAUUUAAGCAAAUACAUGCUAGAUUUGUCCUUCCUCGUCCUUUCAUCUAACAGACUAACGGGUGGGCUCCCAGAAUCUAUAGGAGAAAUGCAAUUGCUUCAGGUCAUCAACUUAGCAAACAACAAUUUGAGUGGAAGCAUUCCUCCAAGCAUAGGGAACUGCUCAAUCCUAGAGGUACUCGACCUGCAAAACAAUUCUUUAUCUGGGUUGAUACCCGCGUCUUUGGGCCAAUUACAACAGCUUCAGUCUCUACACCUGAGCAACAAUAAGCUUUCAGGAGACCUUCCCUCUUCAUUCAAGAAUCUAGGGAGCUUGGAAACACUAGAUAUUGGCAACAACCAAUUGAACGGCACCAUACCUGCAUGGAUGGCGGAGGGUUUCAUCAAGUUAAGAAUUUUAAGUUUGAGGUCCAAUGCAUUUUCUGGAGAAAUUCCUCGUGAGCUCUCAAGUUUAAGCUCAUUGCAAGUGUUGGAUCUUGCAGAAAACAAUUUGACAGGUAGCAUUCCUUCAAGCUUCGGAGAUCUUAAAGCAAUGGUGGAAGGGCAAGCUAGAAAUGAGUACCUACUUUAUGGGAACAACGGAGAGGUGUACUAUGAAGAGAACUUCCUCGUGUCCACGAAAAGCCAGCUCCAAUUAUACACCAAGACUCUUUCCCUUGUCACUUGCAUAGACAUCUCUGGAAAUAAUUUAGAUGGAGAAUUUCCAGAAGAAAUUACUAAACUAGUUGGAUUGCUCAUUCUGAACAUAUCAAGGAACGGCAUUGGUGGUCAGAUUCCUGAAAGCAUUUCGGGCAUGAGCCAACUGGCAUCCCUUGAUCUUUCAAGCAACAGGCUUUCUGGUGCAAUCCCUCAAAGCAUGCCAUCGUUGUCGUUUUUGAGUUAUCUGAACUUAUCCGAUAAUAACUUCUCAGGCAAGAUUCCUUACAUGCAACAAAUGACGACAUUCGACCCUUCUUCAUACUAUGGAAACCCGGGACUCUGCGGUGCUCCCCUUAAUGUCACGUGUUUAGCCAAUGAACCUGACAAACCAGGGACAAUCGAGGAUAGUGGCGGUGAUGAUGAGUUCAUUGAUCAGUGGUUUUACUUGAGCAUCGGCCUAGGAUAUGCUGUCGGUAUCUUAGUUCCGGCUGUGGUCUUGCACAUGAAAAGUUCUUGGGCAGAUGCAUACUUUGAUUUUAUAGAUAGAAUUGCCGAAAGGUGGUUUCUGCUAGGAAACAAGAGGGCGAAGAUUCAAAGAAAUAGGCGACGAGGUCGAAGGUAA